AUGGCAGACUCUUGCGAGCCUAACGCUAAGCCCAACGCCAACGGCACCGCCCCGAACGCCCCCAGCAAUCCUAUCAUCAUUUCCGACCCGCCCAAGGUCGUCCCGGCCUAUUGUGACCUAACCCGUGAUGGAACACCGCAGGUAGAACGCCGGGACCGCGAUGAAGAAAACGGUCAAGGCCAGGAAGUUAGUGCUAUUAGACAGGAAACACAGCCUGCGGACCUAGCCCCUUCUGACCCCCGUCUCCGUGCCCGCAAUACGCCAAACACAGAUGCUGUUUUUGACCGCCAUGUCGUGGACUUGACUGAGUCUCCCCAGAAAGCAACUCAUGAUGAGCGGCGAGGUACUUUCGAGGCAGGCCUGCGCAGCCCUCCUCCCCAGUACUGCCCGCGUUAUUAUGCCGGCACGAUAGACCCAACGGCGGGGAUGCGUCUCGACCGCCGUCCGGAUGUCAGCCUUGACGAAUUACUUGCAGGGAUCGACGGGCGUGGAACACAACCUUCAGAGACUAGUGUGGUAUGGGAAAGCGCUACCUCACCUAUUACGUCGAGUGCUCCUGAGGUGAUCAGCAACCCGGCUACGGUGACUGCGGUUUUCUGUGACUUGACCCAGGGCGCAACUGGAGAUCAAGAUGCUGCAAAGGAAGCGCAAUCUGCCGGGGCUGUGCCGGCAUCCAGCAACCCUAACUUGCACAAUGUAUCCAUAGCUCCCCUGUUGGAUGUCGACUCCCCGGUGGUAGUUUCCGCGGUUUGCGAAUUGACACAAAAUGAGAAUGGAGUUCAGCCGUCCGCUAAGGAUAAGGAGCAGGAAGCAAGCCUCGCUGAACAGGAGGUGCAACCUGCCAUGGGGUACUCCAAGGAGCGUGAGGCCAAGGACCGAAUGAAUAUUCACUCUGUCCCUGCAGAAAUAAGUGGCGAAGGCAAAUCCGCUGUCCAGGGCGAGAUUCGCCCUACGAUCGAUAUCUCUGAGCCUCUCCCUGAUGCUCCGGACCUUCAACCUGCAGUCAAGCCUGAACCUCAGACCGAGAACCUUCCUGGCACCCAGACUGGUCUCAGCGAAACAGAACGCAGAGCCGAUGAGUUUCUCAAGUGGCUGCAGCACGAUCUCGCACAAUCCAAGGUCCAGUCUGAAUCUCAAAAGGAGGCUCUUCCACAGACUUGUUCUAAGGCUCUGCAGGAUGCUCCAGGAGUCGUCACUGAGGAUCAUCCUAGCACCCAACCUAGCCAAAACGUGGAAAUAUGCAAGGCCGCUAGUUCCUUGAACUGGUUGCAGCAAGAAAUGGCACAGCCACAGGUCGAGCACACAGUUCACGAAGGUGUUCAUCCCCGUACUGCUUCCGAAACUCUGAGAGAUGCUCCAGACUUCAAGAUUGAGAUUGAACCCCAUGCUGAAAAGUUCGGUGCCGAAGCUACCCAAGCCGAGGAACAACCCGAGUCCCAGCAACCGGCCCUCAAGCGUGCCCUACCCGACAACGAACAGGGCACUACAAAAGAAUAUCCGGCGUCACCCAGAACUCCCAAGAAACAGCGAAUCCACGAGCACGAUUCCUACGCCUCCACCAAAGACCAUUUCCUCAAGUGCCUCGGCGAAGUGGUACGCAAGGUCAAGCAGACCUCGUGGGCCAUCAAGAACGCCACCAACAGCAUGGAGAACGAGUUCAUGAACGGGGUUGAGACGGACUUUUCCCUAGUCGUCGAGAAUAUAAGACGGAACGUUGAGAUCAUGCACGAGGCUAUUAGAGACCUUGAGGGUUACAUGGCCAAACAUCUUGACGCGGUGGCGGAGAUCCGUCCUGGUGCGAAUGUCGAGAAUAUUCGUGAGCAGGCUCGCGCCAUUGUCAAGGGCGCUCAAAUCAUCCAGGAUGCUUGGGUGCAGUUUGUGAAGAUCUGGGAAGAGGAGACUGCGUCUGACGCUCAGGCUAUGGAGGGACAGGGACUUUGA